UUUCAUUGUGUGAGCCUUGAAAUUGAUGAGUUUAAUAACUAUGGCAAUGAAACCGCGUUUUGGGGUUUUUCUAAUUUGUUCUUGCUAGAGUCACACCAGAAGAAGCUUAGAAUUUAGAGUUGCCCAUUUCUUCUUCUUUUAUAAUUCUCUUCUCCCUCUCAUUUUUUGGCCUUGAAAGUUAUAACCUUCUAUCUAUCUUCAUUUCAUUUUCCUUAAAGUUUUGAUUCUUUGUGGAGAUUCUGCUUCUGAAUCUUUGUUUUCUGGCUAUUUCUAGUUGGCCUUUAUAUUUUUCUCUUUUGUAAGCUCACAGAUUGUUGUGAAGUUUUGUUCUUUCUGGGAUUUGUCACCACCUUGAAAUUCUGCAAGUUGCUACUUGAUGUUGGUAAAAUCAUAACUAUGGUUAUGAAGGUUUCUCUCAUUUGGGUUCUCCUGGUGUUACACUUCUAUUCUUGCACAGUUGAAGCCAUUUUUAGGCUUCACAAUCACAAUGGUCUAAAUGAAAGUGGAUCUUCUCUUGCUGCAAUCAAGAUACAUGAUCAUGCAAGCUUCAAUGCUGUUUCUUCUUCAACUGGGUGUAGCUUCUCGAAGUCUGAGGAAUUUGAGCAUUCAGGAACCAUAGCAUCAGGUGAAGAUACUGAGGAUGAUGAUGAUGAUGGUGAAGAGAGGGAAGCUUUUCUAGCAGCAAAACAUCCAAACCAAUAUGUGAAACUCCAUUUGAAGCACCACUCAGUGAGCAAUGAUGCUGAGCCCAAGAAAUCUGUGGCUGAUUCUACAGUUAGAGACUUGACAAGAAUUCAGACCCUUCACAGAAGGGUCAUAGAAAAGAAGAACCAAAACACAAUUUCAAGGCUUCAGAAAGCACAAGAGCAAUCAAAGAAGUCCUAUGAGCCAGUGGCUGUUCCUGCAGCUCCACCAGAAUAUUUCUCAGGUGACUAUUCUGGUCAACUUGUGGCAACCUUGGAGUCAGGGGUGAGUCUUGGCUCUGGUGAGUACUUCAUGGAUGUGUUUGUUGGAACACCUCCUAAACAUUUUUCUCUAAUACUUGACACAGGUAGUGACCUUAACUGGAUUCAAUGCGUUCCUUGCUAUGCUUGUUUUGAGCAAAAUGGACCAUACUAUGAUCCUACAGAUUCUAGUUCUUUUAAGAAUAUAACCUGUCAUGAUCCAAGGUGUAAAUUGGUGUCAUCCCCUGACCCUCCUCAUCCUUGCAAGCUUGAGAAUCAGAGUUGUCCAUAUUUCUAUUGGUAUGGUGAUAGUUCCAACACAACUGGUGAUUUUGCACUUGAAACUUUCACUGUGAAUCUCACCACACCUAAAGGGAAGCCUGAGCUCAAGCUUGUUGAGAAUGUUAUGUUUGGUUGUGGUCAUUGGAAUAGAGGCCUUUUUCAUGGGGCUGCUGGAUUGUUAGGCUUAGGGAGAGGGCCAUUGUCAUUUGCUUCUCAACUUCAAUCUCUUUAUGGUCAUUCAUUUUCCUAUUGUCUUGUGGAUAGAAAUAGCAAUUCAAGUGUUAGUAGCAAGUUGAUAUUCGGUGAGGACAAGGAGCUGCUGAGCCACCCCAAUUUGAACUUCACUUCUUUUGUUGGUGGAAGAGAGAACCCCGUUGACACAUUUUACUAUGUCCAAAUCAAAUCUAUAAUGGUUGGUGGUGAGGUACUAAAGAUACCAAAGGAAACUUGGCAUUUGUCAUCAGAAGGUGCUGGGGGCACAAUCAUUGAUUCUGGCACCACUCUAACUUAUUUUGCUGAACCUGCUUAUGAUAUUAUCAAGGAAGCAUUCAUGAAGAAAAUCAAAGGGUAUCCACUUGUUGAAACCUUUCCUCCUCUAAAGCCAUGCUAUAAUGUGUCAGGAGUUGAAAAAAUGGAGCUACCUGAAUUUGGGAUCUUGUUUGAAGACGGAGCAGUGUGGGAUUUCCCUGUGGAAAAUUACUUUAUUCAAAUAGAACCGGAAGAUAUUGUAUGUUUGGCUAUUUUGGGGACUCCUAGGUCUGCACUUUCAAUAAUUGGAAACUACCAGCAGCAAAAUUUUCACAUCUUGUAUGAUAUGAAGAAAUCUAGACUUGGGUAUGCACCAAUGAAAUGUGAUGAUAUUUAACAUCUCGUUAGAGUAGAAAGGUGUAUAGGGGCAUAGCCAUGAACAUGGCAAUUCUUGGGUUGAAUUUAUUUUUUUCUUUUAUUUUUUUCUGGUUUUUCCCAUUGAUAGAAUUAGAAAGUGAUAUAUAUACAGAAGAAAGAAAAGAAAAAUCAAGGUUUAUUCUUAAGGUGAUAUAGAAUUAGGCUUUAGGUAAUUACAGCAAUAGGGUCAUUACAACUACAACCUUUUCACUGUUUUGUACACAUUUAACUCUUUAAUUUUGAGUUAAUUUGGCUUUCAAUUUUAUAUGAUAUUGUCUCUGACAAUCAUGUUCGGUCUUCUCUUUGUUUAUACAUUUUCAAAAGGAAAAGUUAUUCCUUCAUAUAUACAAUAAACUUAGCCUCAUGGCAUUGACA